AUGACCCCCCCAUCCCGCAUGGUCCGCAAAUUUCUCAAUGACACCGGCUCGAAAGAUACGUCAAUGAAAAAUGAAACAGCAUCUGAUUGUUCUCCUGAGAAUGGCUGGCCUCAAGGCCCCUACGAAGAACACUGCUUCUUUUACGGCACUUCAAUGGAUCCACAUACGCUUUCUCAAGUCUUGAAUUUGUCAAAACCACCCGUCAUGCGUCGUGCUAGAGUCGCGGGUCACGAAAUCAAGCUCUGGGGCCAAUAUCCUGCUCUUCUUGGGGGGAAGCCAGGCCACUCAGUUCAUGGCGUAGUGUCCGAACUUUUGACGCGCCCGCAACUUGAUCGACUCGCCGCCUAUGAGACGGACAAAUACCGGCUUACAGCUUGCUACAUCGAAAUUCUCAAUGAUGAUGAUAGCAUCGAAAAGACCAUCGAAGGGGCUUGUUUCAAGUGGGAUGGACAAGAUGAUGAGUUACGGGAGGGUGCGUUUGACUUGAAGCAAUGGAAAAAGGACCAACAAUUGCAAGGUUUAGAUUGA